GGUCAAAAGGCUUGGAUAGAGAAGACCUUUUCAAAAAGAGAAUGCAUCUAUGUAAUUGCCAACAGCAAAGACAUUAGCAGAUGCUGCUGUGGUCAGCUCAUUAACCAACAUAUUCCACCUCCUCCAAGUGUAACAGCGAGUAAAAAUGGAGAAGAAACAAAGCAAGUGGAAACUCAGCCAGAGAAAUGGUCUGUCAGUAAACACACCCAAACAUACCCAACUGAUGCCUAUGGAAACCUUGAAUUCCAGGGAGGAGGACAUUCAAAUAAGGCCAUG